AAACUUUCACGUAAUAUUCCAGGCGUGCGUUUCACUUUAUUUCAUCAGUUUGUAAAAUAUAGCCACCCUGCAUAAAUUAUCAAAAUUCUAGUCACGUGAUCUAAAGGAAGAUCCUGCUUUGUCUGGCAUUUCCGUUUCAAAGAAAUUUCCGGUCAAAAAAUUAUUAAUUAACGAAGUUUUCAAAGAACUAAUCGCACGACGAGUCAUUGUGACAGUCUGGACACAAAUAUUUAGGUUGGAGUACCCCUGGUCCAGUCUCUAUGGAUGGGGACAAUAAUACCAUCACCGUCACCAUGACGGAGGACGGAUACAUCUCUAUGUCCAUGAAGCAUCCGGAGGAAGAGGUAGAGGAAGAGCUAGGGGAAGAUGAGGAGCCGCCCAUCAAACAGCUAAAACUUGAACUGGGGGAGGCCGAGGCCAUUGAAGAGGCAGCAGCUCAGGAAGUUCAGAUAGAGGAGGUACAGAUCUCACAGGAAGUAGAACACGACAUCACGGAAACACAGGAAGUUUCCCUUGCAGACGGGGUCGUGUAUGAGGAAGAGGUAGUCCAACAGACCAAUCAACAGCCAGCACCACACUACCAGAACCUCAUAAUACAGCACAUGGACAUUGCCGAGCCCCUAUCUACACUGAAAUCCCUACUGGAAAUGAGGCUACAGUGCUCUUUGGCGGAACACCAGUUUUUCUUACAGGACACCAUACAGCUGGAUACGUACAAGAGUCUGGUCGACCAGUGUGUACAGGGAGAGGGAAUGGUACAGAUCAACCUAGAGGUGAAAUCACAGCCAGCAGGCGUUAAACCAAAGAUCAACAUUGUUGAUAUACUCAAGCCCGCAGAUGAGAUAGAACCACAGGUGGAACAAGCUGUUCAAGCACCUCCAGUGGUCCAACAGAAGACAGUAUCUCCUGCUAAAGUUGUUAUUCCGCUGCCAGAGGAGUCGGAAAAUGUCACACGGUGGAUCGUUGACCAGCAUUUCCGAAGAGAACAAGAACGGCUUAAAAUACCAUUUGACCCCGUCCAGUGGAGUGAGGUCCACGUGAGACACUGGAUCGAGUGGGCUAUGAAAGAGUUUCAGCUGGAUGGAGUAAACGCAGAUAUGUUCGGCAUCAACGGCAAACAACUGUGUGAGCUGUCACACCCAGAGUUUAUCAAACUCAUUCCAAAUGAUAAGGGGGAUGUGUUCUGGACCCACCUUGAACUCCUCAGGAAGUGCAAGUUUGUUGCUGUGAUGCAGCAACCCACACCACAUGCCAUCACAACAAUCACUGUGUCGACGUCAGGGGGACAGGACGGCCGAGUGCGGACAAUCAAACAUCAUCGACCUCGAUCUCCUCGUAUCACUGGUGACGAAAGACUCUCCUCUCCCGGGAACAGAACAGGAAACAACGGUCAGAUCCAGCUUUGGCAGUUCCUCCUCGAGCUUCUCACUGACAAAGACUGCCGGGAGGUGAUCCAGUGGCUAGGAGACGAUGGCGAGUUCAAGCUCAACAACCCUGAAAUGGUAGCUCAGAUGUGGGGCCAGCGUAAGAACAAGCCUACGAUGAACUACGAGAAGCUGAGCCGUGCCCUGCGGUACUACUAUGAUGGGGAUAUGAUUGCCAAGGUGCAUGGGAAGAGAUUUGUGUACAAGUUUGUGUGUGACCUAAAGAUGCUGCUAGGUUACUCAGCUGCGGACUUAAAUAGACUUGUAACUGUGUGUGCGGAGAAAAAACUACAGCGAGUGCGUGAAUCAUUAAGACCAGGUGUGUCCGAACGUCUCGGAGCAACGAAACUGAUAACAAUGACACAAUCGACUGUUCAAACAAUGGAAUAGCACAAGUUGACCUCUUACCUGUAUUAUAGUCUGUUUCCUGUUCAUUGUUUAUAGCCUGUUUCAUAUUUCUGACCAGUGAAUGCCUGUUAUGUAUGUGUUCAUAUUCCUCUUUGACCAUAUAUGGCUGUUAUGGUCUGUUUCACAUUUGACCACAAAAUACCAAAUUUUGGUACAUAUUCCUAAAUCAUUAUAUGCCUGUUUAAAUAGGUCUGUUUUGAAUUUCGACCAUGAAUGAGUGUAAAUGUCAACGGCAAUGUGUCAUGAAACAAUCCACAAAUUCAUUCUUACAAUGUCUUGAUUGAAAAAUCAGGUGUUUUUUCAACAGAUUUAUGGUUUGUACACUACUGUAAUGUUGAAAGAAAAACUCCUCCCUGGAAUGGUGAAUUCAAGAAGGUGCCAAUAUCGGAAUCAUAAUUAAGUUUAAAAUGGAGAUACAUAUGAUACUUGGAGUUGUUGAAAUGCUGAAAAAUUCUGCACAUUGUCAACUUUGAAAUUUGAUAUAUACAAUAUGUAGAGCAUCUCAGAUACCAUAGGAUUACCUCAAUAAGUUUCUUUCAUGAAAGAUGAAAUGACAUUUUCUUUAAGUUAGAAUUGUCAGAUGGAGCGAACUUAAACGCUGUUGCUUGUGUAACGGGAAAGAGUUGUGUGAUCGAACCCGUGACGCCCAGCUUUUCAGUCCGUCGCUAUACCGAUUAAGCUAAACGGAUAUUCUAUCUAAAGCAAAAGUAGAAGGGGACUGUAAUCCUAUGUACAAUUAAAAUCUGGCACAUCAGUUUAGAAUUUGGAGAUUGUUUGAUGAUUGAAAGCCACACUGGGUGAAUGUCGAGUAUAGUCUGUUUCAUAUUAUUGACCAUGCCAUGUUUGUUACAGAGUCUGUUAAUUUUUAUACGUAUGUCAGUGAGUGAGUUUGUAUUUGACUUUAUGUAAAUUUGAUAUUUAAAGAAAUGUGACCUUGAUAUUUGAUGCCAUGUGACCUUGACUAUUGACUUGAAGCAUGAAGUCAUGUGACUUAAAUUUUCAGGGUCAUGUGAUGUUGAUUGCUCAAGUCAUGUGACCUCAUAUUUAGAUCAUGUGACUUUGAUCGAGUAAGUUAUGUUACCUUUAUUUAAAGUUGUUUAAACCGAAUGUUUGAGGUCAGGUGAUUUUGAAAAAAAGGUCAUGUGACCUUAAUUGCUUGAGGCAUGUGACCUCAAUGUAUCAAUCGUUGAUUCUUUACAAAAGUUUGAUUUUGGAAAGUUAAUGAAUUUUUUUUGCAUUUGACCAUUUAUUUAAGUGUAAAAAUGGAAAUUAAGUUUUCUUGACUUUGGAUUUUUUUUGGAAAUUGGAAAGACAAGGUUUGCGAUGUCAUGAAUUCUUAGAACAAAACUCAAAUCGAAAGACAAGAUUGAUACAUAGCUUUAAUGUGUAUUACUCUGAUUUACUUCUAUUGUGAUCUGGACAAGUUUUCUUGUGAAUAUUAAAUAAUUUGAACAUUAAAACAGGCACCAGAUGUAGACCUGUUAAUAUAUAAGUAUAUUUGAGGUUUAAAUAAUUUUUUGCUUUAUGGGUGUGUGACUUAAUUGAAUCUUCAAAAGCUUACAACUAAAUUUUAUAUGACAUCUCCAUUUUAUUUAAGAGGUUUUUUUCAAAUUUAAAUUUCAAGAUAAAAAAAUGGUUCAUUUUCACUGUAAGCCAGAUUUAACAGUAUUGCUAUGAUGUGAUCUCCCGACAACAUAAAUCCUGUUUAUAUGUUUUAAAAUUCGAAGAAUGUUGCUUUUAUAUACAUGUAACUUGGGUCACGGUAUACAAGCAGAGGAUGACCUAGUGAAUGGUUCUGUGUUAAUUCUACUGCAGGUAGCUACAAUGUAGUAUGGUAACUGGAACGAUCUCUUAACCUUACAGAGUCUGUUGUUUGGUAAAUUGAAAGAUUUCUUUUAGGUAGAAUCUGAUUACACAAGGCACGUACUGAAGACUCUAAAGGUUUGACUUAUAUUUCAUUUUUGUAGAACAAUUUAAAGGUGUUUCUUUUAGGAGUGGAUUAGAGUUUAUUAUACUGUCAACCAUGUCCAACAAUUUUCAGGAUUACCUCCCUUGUGUUGCAUUUCUGACCUAGAGUUGGUUGCCCAAUAGCUAAGGGUUAUUUAUAUAGGACAUUUAUUUACAAACUUUUUUUCCAAAAGAAAUUUUGGCUGUGCUAUGAGGUUUUAAUGUACCUUGAUCUACGUGAAAGGGGGUCUGUUCUGUAAAUUCAGAAACUUUUGUGAUUAUUUGACUUGUGAUGAAUAAACUUGUUGAAAUCUU